AUGCAGAUGCAAACCAUCAAAUUGGUGCAAUUUAAUCCGGGCACAUCCUGUAGUACCCCAGACUUAUUGCCAACCCUUCUUCUAAUACACGGUGAUUCCUAUUCGUGGGGCGCUGGAAAUUCCUUCGACGGCACUGCGUUGGCUGCUUACGGUCGUCUUAUCGUCGUUUCUAUUAAUUUUCGUCUCGGCGUACUCGGCUUUCUUAAAACAGGCCCGAAGGGAAGCGCGCAAGGAAAUUACGGGUUGAUGGAUCUAGUGGCAGGGCUUCACUGGUUACACGAGAAUCUUGGCGCUUUUGGCGGUGACCCCGACCGGCUGACGCUCUUUGGCUACGGCACAGGAGCGGCGCUUGCCAAUUUUUUAGCCGUCUCGCCCAUGGUGAAAGAGUUGGUCGAGAGAGUGGUAUUACUGGGCGGUUCCGCCCUGUCACCCUGGGCCAUACAGCGUGAUCCGUUAACGGUGAAACAUCGCGUCGCCCAACAGACGGGAUGCCCUGGUAACGUCGAGGCUGACGAUAUCGCACCGUGCCUUCGUUUGCGAACCUUGGAGGAGCUUCUCGCCGUACAUUUGGACCCGCCGAGAUUCACCUCUGGAUUUGCUCCUUUCGUCGAUGGGGCGGUCAUGCCUCCGCCGAUCAAUCAGAAUUUCCAGCCAACCGCCUCCUCGUCGGGUCUGAUGCCCCUCGUUCCCGGCCCGGGAACCGAGUUCGCUAAUUUCGGCGAUCGAGACCUGAUGCUCGGAUUGACGUCAGAGGAGGCAUGGGUCAACCUCACCGACGAGGAUCUACAGAACGGUCUGAACGAGACGAGGAGGGAUCGGAUCUUGCGCACGUACGUGCGGAACACGUAUCGCUACCACCUUCACGAGAUCUACUCGACCCUCCGUAACGAGUACACGGACUGGGAGAGGGGCGAGCAGAGCCCGUUGGCGAUCUGCGACGGACUUUUGUCGUUGCUCGGCGACGGCCAGGUCGCGGCACCCCUUCUGAGGUUGGCGCUGCUGCACUCGGCCUCGGGUGGACGCGGCUACUUCCUCCACUUCCAGCUGGGCGAGAGGCCGAGCCAGAGGGGCGAGGAGGUGCCCUACCUCCUCGGCAUACCUCUACUCCGGGGAGAGAUCGCGUCCAUUUUGAUCGGCCAGGCCAACUACACCUCGGCCGACGAGAACCUCUCCAAACUGUUGGUCCACUACUUGGCCAACUUCGUGAGACGCGGAGAUCCGAACGGAGCGAGCCCCCUCACAUCGGGAUCGGACGGGCUCCCUACCAGCCCUCCGUUCUGGGAUUCGUACGACUCGAUAAAUCAGCUCUACCUGGAGGCCGGUCGCAGCACGGAGAUGCGGUCGCAUUACAGGGGCCACAAGAUGUCCCUGUGGUUGAACCUGUUGCCGCAGCUCCAUCGACCGGGCUACGAGAUCAGCAUGCGUCACCAUCACCUCGCCGAAACCGCGACCCUCUACGAAGGCGUGGUGCGCCCCCAGACCUUGGCGCAACCGUUGCCGCCGCCUCCGCUUCCGGUUCCCUCGCCCACCGAGCCAUCCUCCAACGACGACGAGAAUCUUCCUGAACCCCCGCCGCCCCCCAAGGUGCCGGCCCCUAACGUGAAUCUCUCCUGUCCAGGUAUACUCAGGCAACCUGGCACACCUGGCAGCGCCAAGAAACGCGUUCAGAUACAGGAGAUUUCCGUCUGAGGAUGAGAAUUUCUUUCUUUUUUCUUUUUCUUUUUCUUUUUUUUUUUUUCCUCUCCUCCUCCUUUCGAUCGUUCGAUCGUCGAAACAAACGAUCCCAUCCCAUCCUACCCCUCCGCUCGAUCGUCGCUACUGCUGGCGGUAGUCGAUCACAUCGAUGGUCUCGAGAGAUGGUGUCGCGCCGUGGAUCGAUCACGAGAAGA